AUGGAGGUAAUGCGGGGGCAAAGGAAACAAAUCAACGUCCCAUCCCCACUACAUGCAGAAGCGGAGAGCUUAGUUUGGGCUAUGGAGGAGCUUAGUAGUCGCGGGUUCCAGCAGGUGUGCUUGGAAUCGGACUGUCAACAGCUGGUACACAUCAUCAACUACUCUAAAAAAUGGCCAGCACUUGAUCCAGAGGUUGAUGCCAUUGAAGCACUGAGAACAUCUUUUACAUCUUUCUUGUUGAGAUUUAUAUCACGUUUUUUGAACUUCCGUGUGGACGCUCUUGCGAAAGAGGCCCGAUCACGUGACUUACACUACACGUUUGUUGACAGUAUGGUUCCUGUUCUGCUAACUCAUGAGGCUAGUACGAUACGACCGGUUUAA